AUGCCCAGUUCCCGUAAUCAAGGUUUCCUCGACGCCGCCGCCAUGGUUCUAGGUGGCGGCAAUCGUUCGUGGAGCGAGAUCCGCGAGUUCGUAGACCGCUACGGCCCCCUCCACGCCUUCCCCAUGUACCAAUACGCGGCGCCGGCCGGCUCGCAAGCGCGUAGUGUGUGGGAGACCACGUGGGAAACGUACAACCGUCUCCUCGGAUGGGAGAGCGAGCGGGCCCGGCUGUACGCUGAACUGCAGGGACUUUCCCCGGAGGAUGCAUAUUAUUCUCGCCUUGCGCAGGAAUACCAGCAAGCAGACCAAUACUGCAUGGCGGCAAGAGAUGCCCUGGAGUCCGCUCAUGGCCAGGGAAGCCACAGGAUUGUAGAGGGUCUGAAUCAAGAGGUCCACGCCGAGGAAACGCGUCAGAUGCAGCUCGAAGAGGUGCGCCCUGGCCCCCAGAUGACCACGGGCAUGGCCGACUUCUACAACGGAAAUCCCAACGUGCAGGCGUAUCCCGACGACCUGCAGGUGGCUGGAUGGGACACAGCGCCACAGCAAGGGCCCAGCGGCAGCGGUCAAGCUGCGCCGUCGCACGCGAAGAAGUCUCGUCGCUCGCGCCGGCAUUAG